UUCUCGGAGACUUGGUGUCUGCUGACCUCCAAUCCCUGCAAGAUGUCCUGCUACGACCUGUACCCCUCCUCUGCCUGCGGCGUCCUCCGGCCCCAGCCCCUGGCUGACACCGGGAACGAGCCGUGUGUGCGCCAGUGCCCCGACUCCACCGCCGUGAUCCAGCCUCCCGCCGUGGUGGUCACCUUCCCCGGGCCCAUCCUCAGCUCCUUCCCGCAGGAUUCCGUGGUGGGAUCUGCUGGAGCGCCAUUCCUUGGAGCCUCUGGGGCCUCCCUGGGCUAUGGGGGCUACGGGUCCCUGGGCUAUGGGGGCUAUGGAUAUGGGGGCUAUGGGGGUUAUGGAUCCCUGGGAUAUGGGGGUUAUGGAUCUGGUGGAUAUGGGGGUCUCUGUGGAUACGGGGGCUACGGAUCCCUGGGCUAUGGGGGUCUGUGGGGCUAUGGGGGGUACCGGGGUCUGUAUGGCUCUGGCAGAGCCUUUGGCUCCGGGCGCUACAGCCGCAGCUUCUGGGGGUCCUGCUAAACCCUAGGGAAACCUCCCGGAGUACGGAAUAACCGGAAUAAACAGAGAGAGACGCAAUCCUGGCCCCAUAGGAGAUGUUGUGACCACGGCCACCCCACUCGGGUGGGGCUGGAAGCACACAACUCCUCCUUGAUUCAUCUGCCUUCUGCUUGUCAUCUCCUGGGCUUUUCUUCCCAUCCCUGUGUGCGCAACAUGUGGGAUCAAACAAUAAUUUGUGUUCUCCUAAAAUGCAAAUUCACCGUCCAGCUGGAGAAGAGCAA